AUGACUUCAGCACUUGUCGAAGAGCUGCUCAGCCGCAACAGCAAAGUCCACCAGGGGCUACCUCCAUUGAUCCCAAUGAUCGAGGCGGCUCGUCAAGCCGGACUAGAAACGGCCAUCAUCCUGAGCUGCUCGGACCCGCGUCUGAACCCCUAUGCCAUCUUUGGCAUCGACCCCAGCGUUCGAGGCAUCAGCAUGGUCCGCAAUGCUGGAGGCCGUGCGAUGGACGCCAUCAGGUCCAUCUCUGUCCUUCAGACCAUUGCCAGUGCCAAGACACUCGUUGUCCUGCAUCAUACGGACUGCGGAAUGACGCACUUUCAUGAUGCAAGAGUCAGGGAAGCCCUGAUCAAGUUUGCGCCGCAGGAAAAGGAAACCAUUAAUGCCACCAAGUAUGGCGAAAUUACCGGAUCAAUUGAGGACAGCGUCAAAGAAGACGUGGAGCAUCUACGCUCUUCACCCUUUAUUCUACCGGGGACUUUGAUCGUGGGACUCAAGAUGGACACCUUUACUGGAGUUGUCACCAAGGUUACAGAGGCCAAGAUUGAAGAGCAUUGA